AUGGUCAACCUCCAGGACCUCCCGCCGGAGCUGUUGACUCGCAUCGUCUUCUUUGUCGCCCCGCUUAGAGGUCCUCUCCCACCUGGUUAUCUUGAGGAAAAGCUUGCUCAGAAGCGUGACAACAAUGUCAAUGCGAGCGCCGGGGCCUGUGCUAACACCAAUGGUAUCAACAAUAAUGAUACUCUUGACGGCGACGAUGGUUGGGAUGACGUGGACGAGAUGGACGACCGUAAAGAGCCCAAGAAGGAAACGCUGUAUAGCCGGGCGCACAGGGAUCUACGGAAUCUCUGUCUAACGUCGCACAUGUUUCGAGACCUGGCGCAACCAUUCCUGUUCUACAAUUUCGAAGACACCGGUAUGGCCGGCUUCCUCAGCCAAACCGUCGCUUUCACUCGGGCCCUCUACCUCCGACCAGAGCUCGGAGAGCAUGUACGGGAGCUCGAUAUCAUGUACCCCUUGGAUGAUGAGGAUCGACCCAAGCCUCUUGCGGCUGAAGACUUGGCGCUCUUCGAAUCUGCAAUCAAGGAUCUCCAAUUGGGCGACAAGGAGAAGAUCUGGUUGUCCGGACUCAAGCGCCUGGACCUCAGUGUCCUUACAGCUCUACUGAUCAACAGAGCCCCCCAUCUGCGUGAAAUGUUUCUGCCAGCAGGCCAGGUCCGGAUGGAUCCAAUCAGUCACCUUCUCGACCAAAAUCCAUCGUUGCUAUCUGAACUCCAAUCGAUCUCCCUUGAAGGGGACGACGAAGAGCUCGAUUUCGACCUUGCGCCUUACAACAAAUUGAUCACACUUCCCAAGCUCAAAGAGGCCAAUCUUGAGUUUGGUACUAUCACGAAUGAAACAUUCCCUGCGACCUGGGCACCAGGUACAAUUGCUGCCGAAAAAUUGUCAUUCCUUCGUUGCCAUAUGGAUGUCGUUGGCAUGCAAAAAUUCAUACAAGCCUGCAAAAGACUUACAUCCUUCAGCUAUAAGAACUUUCGUAUAGAUUUACACGAGGAGAUGCCAAUUUCGUGGCGCAAGCCCGAGUUCAACGCUCCGCAAUUUUAUGAAGCUAUUCUUUCGCACAAGGAUUCACUUGAAAAUCUGUUGCUGACGUUCGCCUACGAUCCAUGGGACCUGGAAAAUCUGGAAGAGCACCUUGCUCGACGCGGCAAGCUGGGGUCGUUCCGCGAUUUCCCCAACCUUGGGACCGUGUGGAUCGCUCAUGCUCUUUUCCCGGAGCAUCCCGAAUUCCCACCGUCCCUUAAAACGCUGCAUGUCGCGGACUGCGAGUCGUCUAUCCGGGACAUGGUCGGCAAUAUUGCGGCAGACUGUCAAAAGGGUCUUUAUCCGAACUUGACCGAGUUCAAGGUUUUCGCUCGCGAUAUCACCCGACCCAUCAAACUCCCCGGGCAAGUCAUUCCAGAGGGAAAGACCCCCGAGCAAUGUUUUACCAGCCUUCGAGACCUAUUCAAAGAUACCAAAGUGGAUUUCCAGAUCGUGCCGGAUCAAUUAUGGGGCUUGAGAGAUCUCAUGGCAGAGGAUGAUUAUGAGGGCUACGGGAACUACGACGACGACGACAUGGACUAUGGUGAUAUCGACAUGGAUGAGUAUGAGUUCCAGCUGGGAAGUGAUUUUGGGCCCGAGCGAGGAUUCGGACCGUCAAGUGGAGCUAUUCUGAACGCUUUGGCGCGCGCUCUAGGGAAUCCACACGCUGCUCAUCCCUUUGACGACGAUGGCGCAAGUGAUAAUUCUUGGGAAACGGAGGAGGAUGACUGA